CGCACCUAAUUCAAAAUCAUUUAUUUUGCCAUAAGAUGCAAUAUUCACUUAAUUUUUUUUGCUGAAUUUUUUAUUAUUAUUAGAAUUUAAUGUUCAUAUCUACGAUAAUAUAUCAUCCAAUGUAUCAUAGACUUAUUAAUGAAGAUGAUAAUGAUAAAACAAAUGCAACAAAUUAUGAAUCAUUCGAAUUUAAGAAUAGAAGCACAAAAGAAUCACGAUCACGACAUUCCAGAAAUGGUUCAAAUUCACCACCAUAUUUGGAUCCAAAUCGUUAUGAUAUAAUCGAACAUACCAUACAGCCAAAUGAAACGUUACAAGGAAUCGCUUUACGUUUUAAUUGUUCAAUUUCACAAUUACGUCUUGCCAAUCAUAUUAUGUCGGAUCAAGAUUUCCAUAUUUUAAAAGUAAUACGAAUACCUGUCAUCAAACAUAGCUUUCUAAUCGAUACAAAUGUUCCAAUAAAUGAUCAACAAUAUGAUGAUCAACGAACACAUUUUGUCGACGAUUUAAUCGAUGUUAAACAAGAACCAUCGACAACGUUAUCAACAAAAACUCAAGUGAUCAAUAUUGGCAUUUCCAAUUAUCUUACCCGUGAUAAUAAUAAUGAAAAUUAUAAACAAUUCCUAAAUAACUUGAGCACAGAUCUAGAAGAGAUACGAAAAUUUAAUCAAAGUAAAAUUGAAGAGAAUAUUAUUGCUACUGAUAAUGUUGAUGAUGUAGCUGCAGGUACGACAGCAUCAGUAUCGAACGAAUCAAAAGCAUCUACCUACUCUGAUGGAUCAGAUUUUGGUAUUCAUUGGAGUCCCUUUGUAUAUUCUAUACAAUCUAGAAAAUCAUCACCAUCAUCAUCAUCAUCAUUAUUAAUUCAUUAUGGACAACUGUGACUAGUAUUUCUGGAAAAAAAUGUGCAAAUAAUUUUUUUUUAAUCUAAUUGUAAAUAAUGCGAUUUUUUUUG